CCCGGGUCUCAUCGAACAUCGGAAAGCAGCAUCCAUCGAGCUCUUGAUGUUGCUCUGGACAGGGAUGUACUGUUGAAGCAUGGCGAAUUCUGGAAAACUCUGACACGAAUAUAUGAGGAGCAGCGAAUCCUCCAAUGCGAUUUCGCCAGCACAUUUAGAUUUGGAUUCGGCCUUGGGCACAGAGGCUGUCCAGUAAUACAGUUGCAAGACUGUGCAUUUGCUGCUUUCUCAUUGCUCCAUCGUUGUGGGAAUGGCAACGGGGCGCAACCACCCGCCCCCGAAUGCGAAUGCUUUUAUGCAGGAUGGCCAGCUGGAUUCUUCAUUUCGCUCCUGGCAAAGUCGUCGACCACAACUGUUCCAUCAAUCAGGCUCGGUUGUCAGAAUGCCCGCCAACACCCAAGUUCGGAUCUCCGUCAUUGCAGAUGACCAGGAAGAUGCUGUCAAGCUGUCCAAUACGCUCUACGAUGGCACCUUACAGAAGAGCCUGAUCUCGAAAGCCAAAGCUGUGGCAACGUCUGGCUCCAUCCGAGCGAGUCCUUUGGUCAUACUAGCCGACCACACUGGCCAGACGCACAGUUCGAGCGCUACCAUCUCGCUUCGUUGGUACUACGAUGACGGCCUGCAGACGUUCAAGGAGACGUUCUACAUUGUGGACAAGCUUCCACGGCCCGGGCCCAAUGCCGGGGAAUGGGACGCCAUCCUCCGUACGGGCGUCGAACCGAGCCCGGCGGAUGGGCCCGCAAAUGCUUUUCCGUACAUGACGGUCCCACCGCGUCGAGACUCAGGGGCGGAACAAGAGCGAAGAAAGCAGGCCGAGAUACGCCAGAAGCAGUAUGAGGCUGAAAAGGCGGCUCAGGCUGCCAAGAUCCGGAAGAAGCUGCUGGAGCAGGCGGCCAAGCGCUGAAUGGGCGACGACAUGCGUCGAUGAGGUUAUGAGACUAGUUUUCUUCGGGUUGUUGAUGUUGUGUCGACAGUAUAUCAUUCCUGAAUGUAAACGCUGUUGCAGCCGAUUCUACAUGGGGACUGUUAUGAGACAAGUUGCGUGCAAGACACGGUAGGUCAUGGCA